UCGGGGCUGGGGAGUGAGACAACCAGUCACAGUCGACACACAGUAAAGCAAUAUAUUCUUCACCAUUCAACCUGUCAAUCAGGAUUAAUGGUCUUUAGCACUGCGGAGACGCGUAGUCAGAGCGCUAUAAAGUAAGCUAUCGGAGUCAGAGGCGGUAACGUCGAAGGAUAGGAACACAACACACUUGUUGUGUAGACGAUUCAGUAGCGCUUGCCUUCGGAGACACUCGCGCCUUCUUUAGGCUACUUGAAAAGUAACAGCGGACUACCGGUGUAAUGAGGUCAUUAGUCAAAAAUAAUAGUUUUGUCAAUAACCUGAAUAAUCGAUAAACAUGCCAGAGCUCCGCAUAUUGACGCAUUUCUGAGCUUGGGACAUAAUAGCCUAAAUGUUAUGAUACAUUGACUUCAAGUGCUGCAGUAGGCUAGUUUGAUAUUGGUUUUAACCAGAUAAUUACCUAAGAACCUAAUCUUGAACUCUGCUCUGCCAAGGACAUCACGAUUGGAGGAUAUCGAACUUGUGUUUGUGUUCGAAAAAUUCAGAGAAUUUAGGUUACUGUACAAUAAGUAACAUGGAUUUGAAGUGUUUGAGCUGUAUGGUGCUUUUCCCCGUCCACAUUGUCUACUACAUAUUGAAAGCAAGUGUGUACUUACUGCUACCAAGUAGACGAAAAACUCUGAUCAAGGAGGUGGUGCUGAUCACAGGCGGGGGACGAGGUAUCGGUCGUCACCUGGCUCAGGAGUUUGCCAAGCAGGGCGCUAAAAAGGUGAUCCUGUGGGGCCGCACAGAGAAGUGUCUGAAAGAGACAUGUGAAGAGAUCUCCCAAUUAGGAACAGACUGCCACUACUUCCUGUGUGACGUGGCCAAUCGGGAGGAGGUUUACAAGCAGGCCAAGGUGGUCAGGGAAAAGGUGGGAGAUGUUACGAUCCUGGUGAAUAACGCUGCAGUGGUCCAUGGGAAAAGUCUGAUGGACAGCGACGAUGACUCUCUUUUGAAAUCUCAACAUAUCAACACAAUGGGGCAGUUCUGGACUACAAAGGCCUUCCUGCCACGGAUGCUGGAGCUCCAGCACGGCCACGUGGUCUGUAUAAACUCUAUCCUGUCCCAGUCGCCCAUCCCUGGGGCCAUCGACUACUGCACCUCCAAGGCCUCCUCCCUGGCCUUCAUGGAGAGCCUGACUCUGGGCCUGCUGGACUGUCCCGGGGUGGGCUGCACCACCGUGCUCCCCUUCCACACCAACACUGAGAUGUUCCAGGGCAUGAGAGUCAGGUUUCCAGCGCUCUUCCCUCCCCUCAAGCCAGAAACAGUUGCUGAAAGGACUGUGGACGCAGUCAGGACUAACACAGCCUACGUUUACAUGCCCUGGACCAUGCAUGCUCUCGUUGUCCUCAAAAGCUUCAUGCCACAAGCUGCACUUGAAGAGAUCCACAAGUUUUCUGGAAGCUAUACCUGCAUGAAUACAUUCAAGGGGAGGACAUAAAAACAAAUGAUCCUGAAUGUCAAUACAUAUCAGAGGAACCUCAUUAAAUCCGGAGGAUGUUGAAGGGAAGUAUCCAUGGGCUACAGGACAUUGGGAAACAAUGGAAGCCUUUUGAAAGUAUGCAGGAAAGUGUCUUGAGGACUUUAGCAUAAAGUAUAUUGUUGCUCCGGCGGGGUAGAUUUCACUUACACGCUGCUGGAACUUAUCCUGGUCUCGUUCUUGAUCUCCUGUGUGUAGUUGGACGGACUAAAUACCAUUCACACAUUGAGCAGAAGCCAUGCAAAACUAGUCUGGAUCAACAGCUGUUUUUUUUGCAAGUCUGUUUUGUGUUAUCCUUUUUUUUCUACCAAUCAUGUGUCUGAAUGGAAUCAAAUUAAUAAAUUGAUGUUACAGA